AUGGGUUCCACCGGAGUCGAGUUCAAGAACCCCGCCACGGGUACCCUCCUGGAGGCUGUCAAGGCCCGUCGCACCAUCUACGGCCUCAAGGCUGAGAGCCCCAUCUCCGACGACACAAUCGAGUCCAUUGUCCGCGACUCCGUCCUGCACGUCCCCAGCUCCUUCAACACCCAGACCUCUCGCGUCGUUCUCCUCUUGAAGGAUGAGCACAAGAAGGUGUGGGACAUUGCCCUCCAGGCCAUGGAGGGGCUCGUUGCCGCCGGGGCUCUGCCCAAGGAGGCCUACGAGUCUUCCACCAAGCCCAAGCUUGAGGGCUUCCGCAAUGGCUACGGAACUGUCCUCUUCUUCGUCGACUAUGACGCCCUCAAGGACAUCAAGGAGAAGUUCGCCAUCUACGCCGACAAGUUCGACCCCUUCGCUCUGGAGUCGAACGCCAUGUCCCAGUACCUUGUCUGGACCGCUCUCGCCUCCGAAGGCCUCGGUGCCAACCUCCAGCACUACAGCCCCCUGAUUGACGAGCAGAUUCAGAAGCAGUGGAACAUCCCUGCCAGCUGGAAGCUCGACGCCCAGCUGGUCUUUGGUACCCCUGCCGGUGGCCCUCUCGACAAGACCUUCGCUCCUAUCGAGGACCGCUUCAAGGUGUUCGGCAAGUCGGCAUAG